GGGCGCCUGCGUCAGGAGGGCACACUCCACUCUGCGCAAUUACGCGGACUCCUAAACUGGCACGGUGAUCAGAGAAAAACCAAAAGGCUUUUUUUUUUUCCUCUUCGAACAUCACAAGGUUGAAAUGGACUUUUGAGCAGAAGGCCAUUCUGAUCAUUUCGAGGACUUCAAUGCAGUGAAUGUUAUGAUAUGAUUAUAACGCAUAUGUGCACUGAGCGCCGCUUUGAAUAGCUGUCUAAUAAAUAGACUUUUUUUUUUCUUUUUAAAUAGAUUUCUUUCUUCUCUAAAAUUGGCUCCCGUACAAACAGCCGCGUUGGAUCCCUCGGCUUACUGCGAGACUCCGGUGUACAACCCGGAUCUCUGCCCUAAUAUGAUAGCCGCCCAGGCAAAGUUGGUGUACCACCUCAACAAAUACUACAACGAGAAAUGUCAGUCUCGGAAAGCAGCCAUCUCCAAGACCAUCCGGGAGGUGUGCAAGGUGGUGUCGGAUGUCCUGAAAGAGGUCGAGGUGCAGGAGCCCCGCUUCAUCAGCUCUCUCAGCGAGAUGGAUAACCGUUUCGAGGGACUGGAGGUCAUCUCGCCCACCGAGUUCGAGGUCGUGCUCUAUCUCAAUCAGAUGGGAGUGUUCAACUUUGUGGACGACGGCUCUCUCCCGGGCUGCGCCGUGCUCAAGCUCAGCGACGGCCGCAAGAGAAGCAUGUCUCUCUGGGUUGAAUUCAUCACAGCCUCCGGGUACCUCUCGGCGCGCAAGAUCCGCUCGAGGUUCCAGACCCUGGUGGCGCAGGCAGUGGAUAAAUGCAGCUACAGAGAUGUUGUCAAAAUGGUCGCUGACACGAGUGAGGUGAAGCUGCGCAUUAGAGACAGAUAUGUGGUGCAAAUCACGCCGGCUUUCAAAUGCACUGGGAUCUGGCCACGAAGCGCUGCGCACUGGCCUCUCCCUCACAUCCCCUGGCCGGGACCUAACCGGGUGGCAGAAGUCAAAGCGGAAGGUUUCAAUCUUUUAUCCAAAGAGUGCUACUCCUUGAACGGCAAGCAGAGCUCCGCGGAGAGCGACGCCUGGGUCUUGCAGUUCGCCGAGGCCGAGAACCGUCUCAUCCUGGGCGGAUGCAGGAAGAAAUGCUUGUCGGUCCUCAAGGCGCUGCGCGACCGUCACCUGGAGCUGCCCGGACAACCCCUCAACAACUACCACAUGAAAACUUUGGUUUCCUACGAGUGUGAGAAGCAUCCCAGGGAGUCGGACUGGGAUGAGAACUGCCUCGGAGACCGCCUGAACGGGAUACUAUUGCAGCUGAUUUCAUGUUUGCAGUGCAGAAGGUGCCCGCAUUAUUUCCUGCCUAAUUUAGACCUGUUUCAAGGAAAACCUCACUCUGCUCUAGAGAACGCAGCCAAACAGACUUGGCGACUGGCAAGAGAAAUACUGACCAACCCCAAAAGCUUGGAGAAACUCUGAGGUAAAAAUAUAUAUACAUAUAUAUUAGUUCACCUCGUCUUAAAAAAAUGGUGGUCGCCUAUAGGGGCCUAAGGAGCUCAUACAUGGACAGGAAAAAAGAAUGCCAAUCAAUUUGCAAAAUCACAUGAAAUUAUUGUUGAUAAUGUUUCGACCGAGCCUGUUUUGACAUUAUUUUGAUGGCAGUUUAGUUUGCCAUUACCCCCCCCCCCCCUGCACCUUUCGCCAGUGUUCUCGUUCAGGGGCCAGUUGAAAUGAUUGGCUCCCAAUAAUCCAGUAGGCUUCCUCUCCGUGCCACACGGUUGCCUAAAAUCCUACAUUUCCUUAAAUGCUUUAAAAUAAAGCCCCGUGACAAAC